GCCCGGCAUUCAUUACAAGAAAGCGAUACGAGAAACACACUAGUGCUCUAGCGCUGCGACGUUACAUUGCUCUAUUAUUCUUCAAGGGAUACAAACUCGUGAUUUAAACUACAAAAUGUCUCUGUUGCCAUUCGUGUUGGGUUACGAACGUCCUCACCGUAUCAUCGAUCAGGACUUCGGCUUGUCUUUGACUCCCGACGAUCUACUCACUGUUGCCGUGUCUCCACUACUAUCACGAGACUACUACAGACCCUGGCGUCAGAUGGCGGCUGCUGCGAGGGACGUCGGAUCCACCAUCAAGUCGGACAAAGAUAAAUUCCAAGUCAACUUGGACGUGCAGCAUUUCAAACCUGAGGAAAUAACUGUGAAGACUGCAGACGGUUACAUAGUCGUGGAAGGAAAGCACGAAGAAAAGAAAGAUGAACACGGCUUUAUAUCCCGUCAGUUCACUAGACGAUACGCACUCCCGGAAGGCUGUAAUCCAGACACAGUAGAGUCACGGCUGUCUUCAGAUGGAGUGCUGAGUGUUAUUGCUCCGAAAGUGCCAUCAGUAUCGAAGAAUGAACGAAGCGUCCCCAUCGCCCAGACCGGACCCGUGAGGAAGGAGAUCAAGGAUCAGAAUUCACAAGCCGGAGCUGGUGAUAACAAAUGAAGAUAGUUUGAGAAUUCCUCGGGAAGAACCAAUAAGUCUGAUUACUUUUAAUCGUUUGCAUUUAAGUUUAUAAGUUUUGUUAAUAACCCUCAUAUGUGAUUUUAGUACCUACCUAUUAUAUUUAUUACCUGAAAGUUAAAUAAACGUCGUCUACAAAUAA